AUGCCUGGACCUGGAAGAGACCGCCUGCGGUGCAUGGACUGCCUCGCUAGGCCGCAUCUCUGCCAGGAGUGCAUUCUCCAGAGCCACCGGGCCAUGCCCUUCCAUAGGAUCUGGCGGUGGCACGCAGGCAACGGGUUCUGGGAGACAAUCUCUUUGGCGGACCUCGGCGUGAGACUGUAUGGCGGGCGACACGACAAACCUUGCCCACAGGUGACUCGACCGGCUCGCGAGAUGGUGUUUGUGCACGAGAACGGCGUGACGACCAUGCCAUUCGUGUUUUGCGAAUGUACUGAAAACCUGAACUCGAACAAGCUCCUAGUUCCGGAGCCCUACCAACUGCUCGAGCAUGGGUUCUUCCCCGCCUCGUGGAAGGAACCUUGCACGGCCUUCACGAUGGGCCUGAUGCGCUCAUACCACCUGCUAUCGCUACAAACACACUGUAGCGCGGAAGAUUACUACAAGUACAUCAAGCGGACUACGGACAACAUAUCGCCAGACUCGGUUCCAGAUCGAUACAGGGAGCUCAACACAGCAGCUAGGGAAUUCACGUUCCUGCGGCAGUGUAAACGAUCCGGGCAGGCGCCUCACGGACAGAAGUCACCUGGCAAAGCCUCUGUGGCUCAAGACAGCCUGAAGGCCGGGUCUCUCGCGGUGCUAUGCCCGUGCUGCCCUCAUCCUGAGAAGAACAUGCGACCGGGCUGGGAGACCAGGGAUCCGACAUUCGGCUACGUGGACGCUCUGUUCUACUCCAUCGACGGUAACUUCCGCCAAAGCCUUCGCGCUAAACCGAUGGACAAGAACGAUGUGCCCAUGACAGAGGGCGCCGCGUACUUCAGCAACAACAAGGACUUCAAUCAGUAUCUGGACGACAUGGGCACUCCCGACGUUGAGGCUUCGUCGUGCCACAAGUUCGGAGCGAUGGGCUACACAGGACACACAGGAAAGGUCUCGGGCAUCGUCGCCCUUGCAUGUCGUCACAUGUUCAUGAUGGCACGCGGUAUCGUCGACUUGACGAAGGCGGAACAAUACCUCUAUGUGGACUUCGCGGUAGUCUCCGGUAUCCAACCUUUCGUAGGCCUGCGCCUCUUGAAACAAUCGUACGAUAUCAGCUGCCAGUACCUGAUCAACUUCAAUCAGCGUAUAUUGAAAUGGAAGGAGCGCUGUCCCAGCCUGCCGUCGAUCAAGUCACUGGACAUUCCGCGCCUGCAAGGCUAUGUUGGCGGGUGGCACGUCAACGCGCACAAGCCAGAGUGUCGGGUCAAGCAGUCUCCCGAGUUUCAUCCCGGCGCCGGCCGAUACGAGGGCGAGGGAAUGGAGCGAGUGUGGGCUGCGACUAACGAUCUGGCGCUUCGGACCAAAGAAAUGACCCCCGGACAUCGACAAGACGUGUUGAACGAUCAGUACUCCGAUCUCAACGUGAGGCGCGUGCAUGACCUAGGCCGAAGCCUCUUCGACAGGUGGAAAGAUGCGACAAAGUUCUUGGCGGAAACGACUGAGACCCUCCGAAAACUGGAAAGCAAGAUCCCGGACAGCUUGCUCAGUACAUGGCGCGCUGCGGAGGCCGAAUGGCUUGGCAAGGUCAUCGACAUCAACAACCACAAGGACCUGGACAACCCGUACAGCCCUCCGGCAGAUGCAGCCCUUUCCGAGGAGGCCAUCUCGUCCCUGCUUGCUGAAGAGUGCGGGGCGAAGUCGCACGUUCAGGGAGUCGGCAUUGUCGCGGCAAUACAAGGAAUGAUGGACGUCGAGCGGGAAAAGUUGAUUGUCGUUGAGGCGGUGCAAGGAGCCGAUCCCACCAAGUCUCGCGCGGUGAAUGCCCUGAGUAAAAGGGUACUGGCAUUGAGCCGAAAGUCCCAGAAGUAUGCAGGCGAGUUCGACAUCCACGUCGCUCCACUUCUCUCUGCUGCCGCAGAUUCCGUUCGUGUCGAGUCCGGACCCGGUGGGCUCCCCGUCACCCUUCCAGCCUCAUUCCCGCUAUGCAGCGAUGACGACGCGAACGGCGUACCCGGACAGAAGAAGCCCGCGAAAGGGCUCAUUGACGAUCUCGAUGGCGUCCGAGUCGAUCUACCUUCGAUGUACCACGUCAGGGUCCGCGAACAUAAGGAUGUUGCGGAGGUGGUCCAGAUCGAACGCAAACUGCGUGAAGGGCAAGCAAACGACACGCUCAGGACUUUGCGCACACACCUCACGGCGCUCUACAGCUUACAAGACCUCAAACAACAAGGCACUGGUCAGACUCACGGCAACCGAAUCAAGGGCAUGGCAGCUACGGAGAUCUCGAUCGGACGGCGCGCUAAGGAAGAGUAUCGUCGCGUGCGCCGCAUUUUGCGCGUUCUGGGCAUGCCGGAGGAUGAUAGUACGUAUCAGGUGCUCACGGACGAGGACGCGAAGCCCUUCGUUAUCACCCCAGAGCAGCAUCGUCGCGGGCAAAGCAGACAGCAGCUGAGUUGGCUCUGGGAGGACAUGGCGUAUAUUCAAGACCAACCGAAUGAGGAGAUUCAUGAAUUCAUGCUACAGAAAUCACGUCCACUCUGGUUCCGCCGGCGCGCAGCCAUGGCUCGAUGGCAGGAGGAAUUGCACAUUGUCCGUGAGGAGAUGUUCCGUUGCCUCCGCUUCUUCGAGAACGAGGAGCGUGUAUGGUUAACGAGAGCCACCGAGGCGGAGGGGGAACAUCGGGCAGGUGCGGCGGUGUAUAGUCGCAGACAAGCGCACCGGUACGAGCGCCUGAUGAAAGAUGCGCGCGCGCGGUUUCCGGGGGAUAUAGUCCAGGUGCGCGAGCUGAACAGUUUGAGUGUGGCGCAUGUGAUGACCGUUCAUUGA